GCGAGAGCUGGUGGCGCUAUCGGUGUUGGUGGUGCCGAAGACGACGAUGAUUGGGGCAUGGCGGGCGGCGAGGACGAGGAAGACGUCGACGGCGGGGUAGGGGAUGCCGAUGAAGGAGAAGUCAAGUCUGCGGUGCCCCCGAGUAAUAGCAGUAGGGAUAGCGGCGGCGGCGGCGGCGGCGGCGGCCUGAUUUACGUCUCCAUGGCGGCGCGGAGGACGUAGGUCGGGAAGAGUGGGGGGGCGAGAGAGAAAUACAUACGGUAACUAAAGGCUGAAAACGGAGAGAAAGAGAUCUAGUUAGGUCGGAAGAGGGGUUGAUCGACACGAUAGCUUUUUUGUUUAAUUUUUUUAUGCAUCGCUGCAGUUCAGGAACAGCAGUGCGACAUUCGUGGUUUGCUUGUAAUUGUUGGCUGUCGUGUUGUAUGUUUCCCGAAGUGGUACGGUAGACAAUUUUCUCGCUCGAACCGGCCGGUGGGGUUGAAGAUAAGGACACCUGGCGCGCUGCCAGCGGGGUACUCCUGUACAAGCAUGCCGUGGCCGUUAGACGGUAGACCUUGCACGCAUGCCGCAGUCGUUCGACCAUUGACCUCGCAUCCCUGCAAUAUCGGGGCGGAGCGGUAUGGCGGGUUUUCGCCGGCCCAGGCUACGUUUCACAAGAAUGGACCAGAAGUUGGUUAUCAUCCUUGCGUUUGGCGAUACGUUUUCCAUCAGCGGAGGCGGCAUUUGUUGUUUUUUGUCAUUCCGGGACAAUCCUGGUCAGGACCUACAGACUGCAGUAGUGUCAGUCUUCGCCAAAGGAAACGGAGGCAAGUAGAACCGAGCGGGGGCUAUUAAUCUGAUUGAGGUGGAGGUAGUGAAGACUGACGGGGGCCGUGCAGUAGAAGGAGGUGACUUUGGGGGAGGUGACAUCGAAUGCAUACGCGCCCCUCCUGCACUCUCUAUGCGACUCGUGCCGAAUGGGUGAAGGCGCUUCGCGCUGGGUGAUGUGAGCGCCUGGUCCGGUGUGAAUCCGUCCCGCUCCGUCCCGACUUGUAGGGAUGCGAGGUCAACGAUCAAACGACUAUGGCAUGCACUGCAAUGAGUGCAUCCCCAGGACCGAUUUAUGACGGGUCGACUACCAACCCUAGUCGGGGCCGACGGCACUCCGUAGAAGCGAGCACCUCUCAUCCCGGGACAUGGUUGACUAAAAAGCGGCGAGUCGAGAGCCAGGAGGCG